AUAGACUGUUUAGGAGUCCAGUGCAAGGAGACCCAGCGCCUUCUCUAGAGGAGGCGUUGGAAGAAGCUACUCAGGGUAGCUUCAUUCCCGCGCUAUUCUAUAUAAACCUUAUACUCUCACUCAUUCCAUCCUCUUUUUCUGAAAGGUCCGCAAGUAUCCCACAAGCCCCUGCCUCUCCUUUGCCUUGCAGGAGCGAUGGUCGAGGUGGCGCCAUUUGAUGACGCAGUCCGCGAAAGCCGAUGCGACGCUCCUCGCCUGGUGCACUGCUCGAGCAACCUGACAGCCCUGGUGCGGGACCACAGCUGGUUCUACAUGCCCAGUGCCGGUAAUCCCGGGGCAUGCAUCGAGUGGCUGCCCGCUCACUUGUGCGUCGUCCAGAAAGGAUUCCGUGAGGGCGGAGGAUACCGGUUCAGCACCAGGGAGGAGUGCAGCUCGCUCUGUGAACGAGGAAUGCCGCGGAGGGAGUGCGUACAGCCGCUCCCCCUGUCGGCCGUCUACAACUGCACGCAUCCGGCGAGCCCGGGCCAGCAGCACUGGUGGUUCUACGAUACCGUCAGCCACACGUGUCGCGAAUGGGAGCUCGCGUGCGUCUACAAGUCCUACGCCACCAUGGCCCACUGCGUACGGGACUGCCUGCCGGAACCGCGGCAGUCCUCCUGACCGGCGCGUUUACGCAUGCGCGCGACGGAU